UAGAGAGAGAGAGAAGCAAGAAUAGCUUAGCUAAGUCGAGUGUCGAGUGCUGCAAACGCAAAGUGCAAAUCAUAAUUAAUUUUACUUUUGGUUGAGAUUUUUAAAGUGCCAAUCCAUUAUUCCUAUUGGAACAGUGUUAAUUUUGCGUACGUUUUAAGAACACCGACAUCUGAAGAACCCUCCAAAAUGCGGCUGUCAAUUAUCUCGGUUGUGAUUCUUUAUAACGCUUUGCUUGGUUCAGCUCAACGUACUCCAACUAUUUCGUAUAUCUCACAAGAACAGAUCAAGGACAUUGGAGGAACCGUAGAGUUGGAAUGUUCGGUUCAGUAUGCUCAAGAGUAUCCGGUGUUAUGGAUGAAGAUUGACCGUAACCGUAUCACCCAACCUCUACCCAUCUCUACAGGCAGCUCUCUCAUUAUUCCUGACGGACGUUUCUCACUCAGAUAUGAUACUGCCAGCUCCACUUACACCCUCCAGAUUAAAGACAUCCAGGAAACUGAUGCGGGCUAUUACCAAUGUGCAGUAAUAAUCGCGCUCAACAACAAAAUUCAAGCAGAAGUAGAUCUGCAGGUUCGUAGACCUCCUGUGAUAUCAGACAACUCUACUCGAUCAGCUAUUGUGAGUGAAGGACAGCAGGUGACUUUGGAGUGCUACGCAAGUGGUUACCCUCCUCCGAGAAUAUCUUGGAGAAGAGAAAACAAUGCCAUUCUCCCCACUGGUGGAUCAAUUUACAGAGGACACGUUCUGAAGAUAAGUGCCAUCCGCAAGGAAGACCGAGGUACAUACUAUUGUGUGGCAGAGAAUGGAGUCGGCAAGGGCGCCAGACGUAACAUUGCAGUCGAGGUGGAGUUCUCUCCUGUGAUCACCGUGCCCCGACCGCGCCUAGGUCAGGCACUACAGUAUGACAUGGACUUAGUCUGCCACGUCGAGGCGUACCCCCCUCCAGCACUCUCAUGGAUUAAAGAUGAUGUUCAGCUUUCCAACAACCAACAUUACUCGAUUUCUCACUUCGCUACUGCCGAUGAGUUUACUGACACAACUCUCCGUGUGAUUACUAUUGAGAAGAGACAAUAUGGCAACUAUUCCUGCAAAGCCGCCAAUAAACUAGGCACUGCCCAGGCUUGGGUUCACUUGUUUGAGACCGUUAUCCCCGUUUGCCCUCCUGCCUGUGGACAAGCUCGCUACUCGGCCGCUGUGCCUAUUGCGCCUUCCACCGUAUUGGUCUUCUUAUCUAUUUUCUACAUAUUUUUCAAGUGAAAUCCCAUUGCCGAACAUCAACUAUCCUGGCCUACUCACUGCGGAUAACCACAUUUCUAGAAUCACUUCUUCUCCCUUGAUCCUUGCUGUAAGUGCUUUCCUUCUAGCAGCUCUAUUUUAAGCAAACUCUGUACAAAUUGAUUAUCAACAUUUAUUUCUGUUCGGUGUAUACAGGUUUUUAUUUUAUUUAGCAAUAAGACUUAGAUCUGAGUUUUGUUUACUUUUUUGUAUACUAUGUUAUUUUAUAUUACUUAUAUUUUAAUCAUUCCAUUUAGCACCUGACGUACUUUUAAAGAUUACUUACUUUUAAGUAGGCUAGCCAAUUUUGAGUUCCAAAAUUAUAGAUCUGUACCAACAUUUUCAGAGUUGGUAGUGUUUUAGUCAAAAGAUUUUCAUUAUUUCUGUCUAACUGUUGCUUGUCUUUUGAGCAGUUUGUUUCUGUAUUUGUCAUCUUUUUGACAAGUGUGUUUUGUAUUCAGUAUUAUUAUUGACAAAUUGUAUUGGAAAAGAAUAAAUAAGUGUUUUUAUAUUGAUAUUACCUUGAUUAGAUUAUUAUCCAACUUAAGACAUUGCAUCUUAUUCCACAAUGAAUUUACAUUCCACUAGUAUCAAUGAACUUAUAUUCGCGCAAUUGUUUUUUGAUACAUUUGAUAUUUUACAACCCUCAGUGUAAUGUCACAUUUAUAUAUUCAGUACAAUACAAAGUUAUUAGGGUUAAACACUUUUUUUAAGUAUUUUUGUAUGCACAUUCCAGGUAUUUACUACGUCACACGUUUUACCUGCAAUGUUACUGUAGUAUUCCAGAAAGUUACUAUUUUUAUAAAACCUACUAACAGUGUUUUGGAAAAUAUUUACAAAUCUUUAUACAAUGUCAUACAAAUAACUUGCAAGUAGGGAAUUACCAAUGGCAGCAUGUCCACAUUUAUAUGAGGUAAUAAUAAAUAAAAGACAGCAGUUUAUAAAAAUUGAAUAAUGUUGUAAUAUUUGUACAUUCAUAAUUUUUUCUUUUAUUUAUUUUUUCCUUUUUUGUAAUAUGCCAAUGAAAAUUCAAACAGUUAUCGUAAAGAUAAUCCAUUUAAUCGAGACUGAUUUUUAAUUGGAACAAAACUUAUGUUUAACCCUUAAGAAGUGUAAUGCAUAGUCUUUGCAUUUUGAGUAUUACCAAAACUAAUCAGUCACACAUAGCAAAAAAAAACUCUCUGAAUCAAAUCUGUCACAAAACUAUUAUAAUAAGUAAAUUUAGUACAAAAUUGACUUUGUAUACAUUACUAAUCCGUCCCUAUGAUUUAAAAAACAGUAUUUAUUUAUUUAAGACUCAUUUUAACUUUUUAUUUGAUCAUUCAAUGUGAUAUUUUUACAUCACUUUGUAGAACAAAGCAAAAUAAUGAUCAACUUUUUAUAUAUUCUUAUUAUAUACAUUUUAUAUAUUUUAUGUUCUGUUUAAUACUCGCUGAAAGUCCUAACAGCAUAUUCAACUCUUACAAACACUUUUGCACUUAUUUUGUGACUUGUCAACAAAACAUAAACACAGCAAUUUAUUGGUGGGGUAUUAAAGAGCGAAAAUGAUUUCCAGCACUCUUUAGUUACCAUCUUAUCACUUAAGUUGUACCGAGUAUGACAUGAUAUCAUUCUUAGAACCACAACAAUAUUAGUGUAUAAGCCACACUUAUUUGAACAAAAUUUAUAAAGUAAGUGAAUCUUGUAAUAGUUUGUUAAAGAUCGAGAGUAGUAAACUAUUUCAUACUUAUCCACAGUGAUUUGUAUUUUAGUGAAAAGUCAUAUUAUUAGGCUUGUCACUUUUAUAAAUAAAUACAGUCAAAUACUGUACAUAUCAAGGGAGCACAUUUUAAUGGACAAAUGGUUGGCAUUCAUAUCAAAGAAUUCUUAAUAGUAAAACAUGGUAGAAAUUUACCUUACUCAUCAAUAUUGAAAGUUUGACCAUAGUUUGAUACCUGAUUACCCGGAUUAACCACAAAAAUGUGUGUUAUCUUGACCCCUAAAUGGUUUAAUAUUUAAUUUCCCUCAAUGAUGUCUCUGCAAUAGUAGUGUUAUUACUAAAUGUGAAAACUGUCUUAACAAGUCUUACCUAAAAUACCGAAGUUCAAUUUAAACAAUCCCCAAACAAAUCUUCCUUUUGCAAAUCAACACUUUUGCUACUGUAUUUCUAAUGGGUAUCAAUAUCAGUUGAUUGUUGUAGCCAUAUGGGAAAAGGUCUGUAACAGUGCCUAUACAUUUGCAGAAGGUGCUUUUCAGUGCCUAGCAAUAAUAUCUGCCAAACCAUUGCCACAGUGAGUUUCUGAAACAAAACAAUUUACGUACUUUGAGUAUUGGAAACCUACCCAGUUUUCUUAAUGCCUGUAAAAUACUUUUUCACUGAUAAUAAAAAACUUGUAAAACCACAUAAAUAGUUAUGCAAUCAUAUUUUAAUCUAAUGUAUAAUUUUAAAAUAUAACUUAUAAAUUUGUUAUUUUAGUUUAAUAUCGAGCAUGAUAUUGAUUUAUUUACACAAUAAAUAACUUACCCUGGGAAAAAUGCACAAUCUUGCUCUUUGCUGCCAAUACAUGUCACAUUGUUAAUUUUUGCAGCUUGGACCCAAGUCAAACCACCAAAGUGCAGUUUAAUGUUUUAAUGUAGCUUUAUCUACAGUAGAGAGUCAAAAAUCCGAGCCAAUUGGGACCGUAGGUAGUUCAGAUUACCGAUUUGUUUGGAUUUUCAAACAUAGCCUAGAAAUGCCUAAUAGACACAAAAUUAGGCCUACAGUAUUAAAAAUACAGAUUCAGUAUUAUUAUUGACGAAUUGUAUUGGAAAAGAACAAAUAAGUGUUUUUAUAUUGAUGUUAACUUGAUUAGAUUAUUAUACAACUUAAGACAUUGCAUCUUAUUCCACAAUGAAUUUACAUUCCACUAGUAUCAAGUACUUUUCAUUAUUUAAUGAAAUAAAAAUAAUGGUUUUUGUACUUAGGUAUUUUUGUUAUAUUACUGUAAUUCGUUUCUUGAAAAAAAUAUGAAGAGCUUAUACAUUGGAAACGAACAAAACACAGACUGGAUCUGUUGUCUCUGUGCUAAUUCAAUAUUUCAAAACCCUCAGGAGCGGUUAAGAUUUUUGACGUUUCGGAUUUUCGACUCCCUACUGUAAAUGGAUUCUGAAAAGAACUACAUUUUUUUAUUAUUGAUUUAACUUUUUGUGAAUGAUUUGAACAUUUGUGUAAAAUUUUCUUUCCCAUUGUUAUGUUGUCUCACUAAUUUAGUCAACAGAUUUAUUUAUAAGGCAAUGUAUUUAUAUUGUAAAUGUGUUUUAAUGUAUUCAGAUAAGCUUUUUGGUAUUGUAAAUAUAUCUUAAAAACAAAUAAGGAUUUAUAUGUGUCUAAAACCGUAUACUUAAUGUUCUGAGUUAAGUACUUUGAAACCAAUGAGAAUACUCAGCCUAUUUACUUAAAAAAUUAGCAUUUACCCUAGUUAAAGAUAUACAACAUAAAACAAGCACUUGUUAUAUGUGCCACGAUUAAACUCUUUCAAUUAUAUUUUUUGUCCUGACUUCUGUAAGUAUAACACUUACAAAUUAAUAGUUUAAUACCAUUUAUUAAAUUGGGUCCAUUCCAUUUUGACCAAUGUUUAAUCUUGUCAAUCUUCAAAGUGAAUCAGCUGUGUAUUCAAGGUUUGUAAUUCAGUAUUGAAAUUUGUGUCGAUCUGUAAAACAAAAUGGUUUUUAUUGUAUUGAUUUUACUCUCAAAUAAAUUUUUCACGAAAAAUA